CGUAUCGUCUGUCCGAUAUAUAGAUCGAUAUGUCCGGAUCCGGAAAUACCGGGUAUCUGUCUCAGACAGUUUGAAAAUAAAAGGUUGAUUUCAGAUCAGAAAUAGAAAGAAGGAAAGAAAGAAAGAAAGAAAGAAAAGUAUAUAUAAUGUGAGGAUCUCAUAUAACAACCACAACGCCAUUAGACCUCCAUCCAGACCCGUCGCUCACAGUACGCAUUGAGCGCGGCCUCGCCCAUCGAGAAGAUCAUCGCCGUCGCCGUCCAGCAUGUCCCGUCCUCGUUCAACACCCAGACCCCACGCGCCGUUCUCCUGCUCUGGGACAUUGCUCAUGAGGUGCUCAGCAAUAUGGGUCGCGGCGGGCCACAUCCCUGCUGACAUUUGGGAGAAGAAGACUAGGGCUAAGCUUGAGGGGUUCCAUAGGGCAUACGGGACGGUCAUGUUCAUUGUGGACCUGGAGUCUCUCGCACCACUCAAGGAACAAUCCAAGGCUUUUUGCGGACAGAUUCGAUCCCUGGGCUUUUCAGUUUGGACAGCUCUUCAGGGAGAAGAGCUCAGGGCAAAUCUCCAGCAUUGUAACCCGCUCAUUCACGGGGCGGUGCAGAAGCAGAGGACAAACCUUGUGAAAAGACCUUUUCUGCCGGUGGAGUGUUUGGGCAAAUAAAAUAGACACGAUGGAAUA